UGGAGAGAAAAGGAAGACAGAGUCUCAAACAGCAUUCUGCGUAGAGCUAAGGUGUUCGGAAGUCUUACCUUCGGCACUGUUUUGAGAUUCUGACCAGAUGAACUGUCCCCACCCCGGACACACACAUAUACUCACGUCUACAUUCCCUGUUGACUUAGGACCUGUGGCCACCUCGGCAUCCCUCCCUGGGGCCACCUUGCUGCCUAACUGCCCGCACCUAGAGUUUCAAUUGCUUCCUCAGUCAGGGGGACUCUGGAAAUGGCUUUUUAAAAGACAGAGGCCAGGACCCUUGGGUGCUCACCAGGGCUCUAGUCUCCCUAGGAGUUGGAGACUACCCUGUAGAGACUCUUCCUUCCCUCUUCCUUAGUGGGUUCUUGGCCAACAGUGGCCCCUGUCAGGAAACCCAAAGCUCAGGAUGGGCACUGGACCUUAAGUUUGUAAGUCUGACCCCGUCUCUGCUGCCAAGUUGUUGACCUUGGGGUCCUGGGAGGCUUGUGCAGGGUCUUGGACUCUUUGAUUCACACUGAGAUUGGUGUUGGCUGGAGUCUCCUGUUUGCUCGGUGUCUCCCGCCCUCGCUGCUAAGUUUGGGAUGGGCACAGGGCCCACCCCCAGACCUCGAUCAGGGCAGGGCUGAGAGGCCAAGGGGUGUCCCAGGAGGUCCUCAGCUUAGUUAGUGACAUCGCCUCUCCCUGGCUCCUGAGUGCCUGCCUGGGAAAGGGGUUUGGGGGAGGGAGAGUCGGAAGGAGUGGCCGCUCUCAGAUUCCACUUCUCCCUGUCUGUCUGUCUGUGGGUCUCUGCGGGAGCUGGGCCCCUUCUCAUCUCUCUUCCUGUCUGUCCUUUCCUGCUCUUUGUCUCCCCCUCUCUUUGCCUCAGCUGCUUCUACCCUCGACCCCUGGAGGCUCAGGUCUGCUGGACCCACCCACCCCCUUUGUGGCCAUGGGAUCGCCACUUAGGCUCCUGGCCCUGCUGCUGUGGGGCACUGUGGCUGAGGGCCCCGCCAAGAAGGUGCUGACCCUGGAGGGGGAUCUGGUGCUGGGCGGGCUGUUCCCGGUGCACCAGAAGGGCGGUCCCUCGGAGGAGUGCGGUCCCGUCAACGAGCACCGCGGCAUCCAGCGCCUAGAGGCCAUGCUCUUCGCGCUGGACCGCAUCAACCGAGACCCGCGCCUGCUGCCGGGCGUGCGCCUGGGUGCGCACAUACUGGACAGCUGCUCCAAGGACACCUACGCCCUGGAGCAGGCGCUGGACUUCGUGCGUGCCUCGCUCAGCCGGGGCGCUGACGGCUCGCGCCACAUCUGCCCCGACGGUUCCUAUGCCACCCAGGACGAUGCCCCUACUGCCAUCACUGGAGUCAUUGGCGGCUCCUACAGUGACGUCUCCAUCCAGGUGGCCAACCUCCUGCGGCUGUUCCAGAUCCCACAAAUCAGCUAUGCGUCCACCAGCGCCAAGCUGAGCGACAAGUCCCGCUACGACUACUUCGCCCGCACGGUGCCCCCCGACUUCUUCCAAGCCAAGGCCAUGGCCGAGAUUCUCCGCUUCUUCAACUGGACGUACGUGUCCACUGUGGCAUCGGAGGGCGACUACGGUGAGACGGGCAUCGAGGCCUUUGAGCUGGAGGCCCGUGCCCGCAACAUCUGCGUGGCCACCUCGGAGAAGGUGGGCCGCGCCAUGAGCCGAGCCGCUUUCGAGGGCGUGGUGCGCUCGCUGCUGCAGAAGCCCAGCGCCCGCGUGGCCGUGCUGUUCGCGCGCUCAGAGGAUGCCCGUGAGUUGCUCGCCGCCGCCAGGCGCCUCAACGCCAGCUUCACCUGGGUGGCCAGCGAUGGCUGGGGGGCCCUGGAGAGUGUGGUGGCCGGCAGUGAGGGGGCGGCCGAGGGCGCCAUCACCAUCGAGCUGGCCUCCUACCCCAUCAGCGACUUCGCCGCCUACUUCCGCGCCCUGGACCCCUGGAACAACAGCCGCAACCCCUGGUUCCGCGAGUUCUGGGAGCAGAGGUUCCGCUGCAGCUUCCGGCAGCGGGACUGUGCGGCCCACUCGCUGCGGGCCGUGCCCUUUGAGCAGGAGUCCAAGAUCAUGUUCGUGGUCAACGCGGUGUACGCCAUGGCCCACGCCCUGCACGACAUGCACCGCGCCCUCUGCCCCAACACCACGCGCCUCUGCGAGGCCAUGCGGCCCGUCAAUGGGCGCCGCCUCUACAAGGACUUCGUGCUCAACGUCAAGUUCGAUGCCCCCUUCCGCCCGGCUGACACCCACAGCGAGGUCCGCUUCGACCGCUUCGGGGAUGGUAUCGGCCGCUACAACAUCUUCACCUACCUGCGGGCCGGCAGCGGGCGCUACCGCUACCAGAAGGUGGGCUACUGGGCAGAAGGCCUGACGCUGGACACCAGCCUCAUCCCGUGGGCCGCGCCCUCGGCCGGGCCCCUGCCCGCCUCUCGCUGCAGCGAGCCCUGCCUGCAGCACGAGGUGAAGAGCGUGCAGCCCGGCGAGGUCUGCUGCUGGCUCUGCAUCCCCUGCCAGCCCUACGAGUACCGGCUGGACGAGUUCACCUGUGCCGACUGCGGCCUGGGCUACUGGCCCAACGCCAGCCUCACGGGCUGCUUCGAGCUGCCCCAGGAGUACAUCCGCUGGGGCGACGCCUGGGCCGUGGGGCCCGUCACCAUCGCCUGCCUGGGCGCCCUGGCCACGCUCUUCGUGCUGGGCGUGUUCGUGCGGCACAACUCCACGCCGGUGGUCAAGGCCUCGGGCCGGGAGCUCUGCUACAUCCUGCUGGGCGGCGUCUUCCUCUGCUACUGCAUGACCUUCGUCUUCAUCGCCAAACCCUCCACGGCCGUGUGCACCCUGCGGCGCCUGGGCCUGGGCACCGCCUUCUCCGUCUGCUACUCGGCCCUGCUCACCAAGACCAACCGGAUCGCGCGCAUCUUCGGCGGGGCCCGCGAGGGAGCCCAGCGGCCCCGCUUCAUCAGCCCCGCCUCGCAGGUGGCCAUCUGCCUGGCGCUCAUCUCGGGCCAGCUGCUCAUCGUGACCGCCUGGCUGGUGGUGGAGGCACCAGGCACGGGCAAGGAGACGGCCCCCGAGCGGCGGGAGGUGGUGACGUUGCGCUGCAACCACCGGGACGCGAGCAUGCUGGGCUCGCUGGCCUACAACGUGCUGCUGAUCGCGCUCUGCACGCUCUACGCCUUUAAGACCCGCAAGUGCCCAGAGAACUUCAACGAGGCCAAGUUCAUCGGCUUCACCAUGUACACCACCUGCAUCAUCUGGCUGGCCUUCCUGCCCAUCUUCUAUGUCACCUCCAGUGACUACCGGGUGCAGACCACCACCAUGUGCGUGUCCGUCAGCCUCAGCGGCUCCGUGGUGCUCGGCUGUCUCUUCGCGCCCAAGCUGCACAUAAUUCUCUUCCAGCCGCAGAAGAACGUGGUCAGCCACCGGGCGCCCACCAGCCGCUUCGGCAGCACCGCGGCCAGGGCCGGCUCCCGCCUCGGCCAAGAGUCUGGCUCCCAGUUUGUCCCCACCGUUUGCAAUGGCCGAGAGGUGGUGGACUCAACGACAUCAUCACUUUGAGGACCCCACAUCCCUGCUCAGCACAGCGGCUCCCCGGGACCCGGUGCAGACGCAUGGCCAGAGCCAGGAGGAAGUUGGCUGGAGCACUGCAAUAAUGCCAACCCCACGCCCGCCCCCAAGCCUCCUACCCACCUACUCACUCCAGCCCUUCGGAGUCCGAAGGCGGGUCCUUGGCCGGGAGCCUCUGCAGCCUCGCAGCUGCCCCUCCGUCCAGGCCCAGGACUCAGACAGAGCCAGCCAGCGUCCACUGGACCUUGGAACAGGGCGGC